AUGGACCCAACUACCACGAUCACCACCACAACCGAGGCUCUUUCGGCCGACUUUACGUCCGCCCUUGCGGCAAAUUCCCACGCACUAUAUGCCCGGGAUGAAAGAAGCGUGACCGUUGAUGUUAUCACUGUGUCCACUAGCAUGAUUGGGGUUUUCAUUGCCGUGGUUGGCCUGAUUCAGGGAUACAAGUACUGGAAACAUAAUUGCAACCAUGAUUCGCCGUCGACCGCUCCUUUAGGAACCGUACAAACCCUUAACCCACCGCAGAACUCGAUCAUGGUGGAUGCGAAUCAAGUGUUUGGCAUAGCGUAUGCUGCGGUCCUCAUGUUCCUGCACAACGCCUUUGUUGCUGUAGCGCCGUCGUUAUCGCCAACUGCUAUCGGGAACGAGCCGGACACGCCGCGCGUGUAUGACCUCGAGGCGGGUGUCGUGGGCCUUCGGCGCAUUCGCGAUGUUGAGGUGGAGGAGGAAGAUCGGGGGCGUGUUGUGGAUAGUUUUGCUGCGCGUGCUAGUUGA